GGAACUUGCGGGUGUCACUGCUGGGCACCGAUCAUCAGGGCACUGAUCAUCAGUGCCCUGGCUGAUCAGAGGGAAAUGCAAGUGCCGGUUCUCGGCUGCACUUUCCUCACGCUGUCAGAUCGUGAGCAAAGUACUGCCGAGAACCGGCAGUUGUCAGAGCGAGGAUCGGCACCGAUCAUCAGGGCACUGAUGAUCAGUGCCCUGAUGAUCGGUGCCCAGCAGUGGCACCCACAAGUUCCGCCCACCUGUGCCCAGCAGUGCGCCCACUAGCUCCGCCCACCUGUG